CUUUUUUCUUGCAAAACCUCUGAGCUGUGUGUGAUGGAAGGAAGAAGAUGAAUUCUACUGAAUAUGAGAGCAUUUCCAUUGCUAGGUCUAGGUAUGCCGGCUGCUGUCUGGCCUGUGGUAUCUGCAAGAUCCUCUGCUACACUAUUUGUUGUCGAGCAUGCCGACCUGCCACACAGCCCAAGGAAGAACUGACGCUCCUUUGUCUGGGACUGGAGGGGGCGGGCAAGUCCACCCUCCUGGCCGAGUUGGCAGGGGAGACAGUGCCUGAGGCAGAACCCACCAUCGGCUUCUCCAUCAAGGCUGUCCUCAUGGAGAGAGUAGUGUUGAGUGUGAAGGAGCUGGGAGGAGGUCCAACGAUACGAGAAUACUGGGAGAGGUACUUCAGCGGCCAUGAUGCAGUGAUAUUUGUGAUAGACAGUAUGUCAAGUGAUGAGCAGCUGUCUGAGAGUGUGACCUGUCUCUCCCGCUGUCUGGCUAGCUCCGCCCUACGUGGUCUACCCGUGCUGGUGGUGUGCUCAAAACAGGACAAAACAGGCUCAAAGAGCGUCGAUCAUGUGAAGGCAAUGGUGGAGAGUGUGAUGGAUGGACGGAAGUGGAGCAUUGUCGGCAGCAGUCAGCGUGGGGUAGAGGCAGUAAAGAAAGAAUUGGAAGAAAUUGCCAACUCUAUUAUUGAUAAUUAGUUACGUGCCUAAAAACUAUGUUACUGUAACCCGAUCACUUAUAUCCUGACUGUCAAUAAAUUGUUAAUCACCUUACGAGCAUAAAAAUGAAACAAUGUGACAGUCUUUGAAUUGAUACCACAAAAAUAAAACACAAAUUAUUUUCUUAAUUGUCCGUUUGUCUUGUUAA